AUGAACUUUUUGAAGGCCACUGGUCAUUCCGUUCGCUUUGCCUCCAAGAGAGGCUUGAUCAACAACUUCAAGCCUACCAAUAUCAACCAAAAGGCAACACGUUUCUAUUCUGCAACUCAUGCACAACAACAAGCACAGAAAGAAAGUAGUAACAUCCCCUGGGCCAUUGGUUCAUUUGUAGUAUUUGGUCCCAUUUUGUUCAAGUUGACAUCGCCUCCUCCACCAAAGAAGAAGACUGUGGAUGAUCAUGCUCCUUCAAGUGUGCAAGCUGUUGCUCCUACUCCUGUUGUUGCUGCUCCUGCCAAUGAAGAAGAGGAAGAGGAACAAGUUGCCACUCCUGUCAAAAAGGCCCAAAAGCCCUAUGUUCUUGUAGGUGCUGGUACUGCUUCAUUUGCUGCUGCUCAAGCUAUCAAGGAGAAGGAUCCCGAAGCCAAUGUGAUCAUCAUUGGUGAAGAGGAAUACGCACCUUAUAUGAGACCUCCUUUGUCCAAGGAACUAUGGUUCUCUGAAGAUCCCGAGGUUGGAAAGACAUUGGUUUUCAAGGAUUGGUCAGGAACCGAGAGAAACACCAUUUACAAGGAUGUUUCAGAAUACGAGUUGAUCAAGGACGCUUCUGGAUCUGAUAUCGAGACCAACAAGAUCAAGCUAUUACUCAACAAAUCCGUCUCCAAGUUGAACGUUGAAGAUCACACUGUUACCUUGAAUGAUGGUAGCGUUAUUUACUACAACAAGGUGUUGCUUGCUACUGGUGGUCAGCCCAAGCAACUGCCUGCUACCGCAAGUGAUGAUAAGAAUGUCACCACUUUCCGCAACAUCCGUGAUUUCCAAAAGUUGGAUAAGAUUGCCAAGAAUGGUGCCCAUAUCGCUGUUGUAGGUGGUGGCUUCCUUGGUUCUGAACUCGCUGUUGCCCUUGCUCAUCGCUCUGGCAAGGAGAAUUUGAAGGUGACACAAAUUUUCCCUGAAGAUGGUAAUAUGGCCAACGUUUUCCCUGGAUACUUGACCAAAUGGACCACUAGCCGUGUUCGCAAAUUGGGCGUUGAUGUCAAGGAAAACAGUACUGUCAAGGCUGUAUCAACCGACAAGGAAUCCGGCAAAACCAGUAUUGAAUUGAAGGAUGGCAGCUCUGUCACUGUUGACCACGUCAUUGUCGCCAUUGGUAUCGAACCUCGCAUUGAUUUGGCCCGUGAGGCAGGAUUAGAAAUUGACGAAAAGCGCUCUGGUGUGGUUGUCAAUGCUGAACUCGAAGCUCGUAGCGAUGUUUACGCUGCUGGUGACAUGGUGUCUUUCCAUGACGUUCAGUUAGGUCGCCGUCGAAUUGAACAUCAUGAUCAUGCUGUUUUGAGUGGUCGUCAUGCUGGUGAGAACAUGGUUGGUAGCAACCGUGCUUAUAACCAUCAAUCCAUGUUCUGGUCCGAUUUGGGUCCUGAGAUUGGCUACGAAGCUGUUGGUUUGAUUGAUUCUCAAUUGUCUACUGUCAGUGUGUGGGCUAAGGCAACUGCUCAAGAUACACCUGCUGCUGCUGCCGCUUCUGAAGCCGACAGUCCUCGUAGCGCUCCUACAGAAACUGCCACUGGUGGUGUAGCUGAAGCUGUCAAGGCCAAAGAAAAUAACCCCUUCAAAGAUGAAAAGUUCGGUAAGGGUCUUGUUUUCUAUGUUCGUGACCAAAAAGUAGUAGGUCUCGUCUUGUUUAAUGUUUUUGGUAAGGUUCAAGAGGCCAGAGAUGUUAUUAACGGUGGCUACACUUCUGAUAAGAUCGAUGGUCUCGUCAAGCAAUUUGACAUUUACUCUAAGGACCAUUAG